GUAUUGCCUUACAAAACAAAUUCAUUCAUUCAUCAAUUAGAUUUGCUUUUGGUUCAUCGAAUUAUACAAAUUUAUCCCAAAUUUGCAAACUCGGUCCCUGAUUUCAAAAAAGCAAGUAAUGUCAGAACCACCAUUGAUACCGGUUCUCCAAAAGCCACCUGGAUACAGAGACCCAAACUUACCUGCGGCGGCUCAGUCUGGGUUUAGGCCGCCGCCGCGUAAACCGGUACUCCCGCCAUCUUUUAACCCAAGGAGACGAAAUCAUAGCUUCUGCCGUGUUUGUUGUUGUUGGCUCUGUAUCUUCGUAUUGGUCUUGGUUCUCCUCGCCGUCAUCGGCGUUUUAGUUUUCUACAUUUGGUUCGACCCGAAAUUCCCCGUGUUUCGUAUUCGGUCGUUUCGGACAACCCGGUUUAAUGUCACCGAAAGACCCGACGGAACCUACCUCGACGCCACGACGACGACGAGGCUCGAAAUGAAGAACCCGAACGUGAAGAUAACGUACUAUUACGGCAAAACGGAGGUUGGAGUGAGCGUCGGGGAAGGAGGAGAUGAGACUCCGGUGGGAACAACGGCGGUGCCGGGUUUCACUAUGUGGAAACAGAGCACGAUGAGCUUGAAAGUGGAGACGAAGGUGAGUAAUACGCUGGUGGAUGAUUGGGUCGGGAAGAGGCUACGGAGCCGGUACCGGAACAAGAUAUUGGCGGUGAACGUGGAGGCUCGGACGAAAGUUGGUGUGAGUGUGACGGGGUUGAAGAUUGGUAAGGUGGCGGUGACUGUUAAGUGCGACGGAAUCACCAUGAAAGAGCUUGACGGUGGUGACAUGCCUAAAUGCGUCAUCGACAUGUUAAAAUGGUAAAUAAAAAGAUAUUAAUUUUGAUACUUAGAUUAAAUUUUACUCAUUUUACUUUAAAAUAGAUAAAUUGAUCUUUAUAUAUUACAUCAAAAAGUAAAUUAAUUCUUUAUGUUAAAAUUUUAA